AGAGCCUAGUUUUUUUUUUGUCUGGGCGUGUCCUUUCCAGGUGAGAGGAGAAGGGAGGUGAUUGCAGCAGCUUCAGGAAGAGAGGCUGCUGGAGCUCGCUGUGUUCACCUCACAAUUCAUGGCUAGAGAGCUAAAGAACAUGAUUUAAGGAGCAGAAUGUACAAUACGUGCUGCAGUCAUAUACACGAGCACACAUUCGUUGGGGACACGCUCAGAGCUGUAGAGCAACUCCGGUCACUAUAGUCACCCUUGGGACCACCUCUAUACAGAGAGACUGUGCAGUAACUGAUCACCGGAGCUACAAAAAUAUUCCUGGAUAUCCGUUUUCCAAACCUUUCGGUGGAUCAACGAUGGGUUUUAUCAACGGCUGAAUGAAUUUGCUCACGUGGAUGUGAAUUAUUUUUAUACUUUUUGGAGUUUUGGAAGAACAUUCGCUUUGGACGUAUCACCUUGCCUCCCUUCACAGGGAUUAAAUAUAUUCAAAACGCUCUGUGGAUAUUUCGACUGGGCUAUCCUAAAGGUCAGGCAGGGUCAGGGUGUGUGGACCAACAAUUAUCAUCAUGUCAGUAGAGCGGAGGCUGAAGGAGCUGGAGGACAUGAUUUUGAGAGGCCCCCAGGGGCCUGGCGCUGGGUCACUCAGCAUGGAGACUCUCAUAGAUGCCCUUAUCUGCCUGUGUCAGACAUGCAAUGCUGCACCUUUACGACGGGACAAGAACGUGACAGAAUUUCUGACCUGGGCUGAACCAUUUGCCUUGAAAGCCAAACAGAUGAGACUGAAAAGAGAUGACUUUGAGAUUGUAAAAGUUAUCGGGAGGGGAGCAUUUGGAGAGGUAGCAGUUGUAAAAAUGAAGGGCAGUGGAAAAGUUUUUGCCAUGAAAAUACUGCAUAAGUGGGAGAUGCUAAAACGUGCUGAAACAGCUUGCUUCCGUGAGGAGAGAGAUGUUUUAGUUAAAGGAGAUACCCAGUGGAUUCCCAGCCUGUACUAUGCAUUUCAUGAUGAUAAUUACUUGUACCUGGUGAUGGAUUAUUAUGUUGGAGGAGAUUUGCUUACCCUGCUGAGUAAAUUUGAGGAUCGGUUACCAGAGGAUAUGGCUCGAUUCUACUUGGCUGAGAUGGUCUUAGCGAUAGACUCUAUACACCAGCUGAAAUAUGUACACAGAGAUAUAAAACCAGACAAUGUUCUUAUUGAUAUGAAAGGACACAUUCGUCUUGCGGAUUUUGGGUCCUGUCUGAAAAUGAAACCGGAUGGCACGGUGGAAUCUUCUGUUGCAGUUGGUACCCCUGAUUAUAUUUCCCCAGAAAUCCUUCAGGCUAUGGAGGAUGGCAAGGGGAAGUAUGGAAUAGAAUGCGAUUGGUGGUCUCUUGGUGUUUCUAUGUAUGAACUUCUCUUUGGAGAGACCCCCUUCUAUGCUGAAUCUUUAGUGGAAACUUAUGGCAAGAUCAUGAACCACGAGGAGCAUUUGCAGUUUCCAUCUGACAUCACAGAUGUAUCUGACCAAGCAAAGGAUUUGAUCCAGCACCUUAUCUGCAGGAAGGAAGAUCGCCUUGGAAGAGCAGGCAUUGAUGAUUUUAAGAAGCAUCCUUUCUUUAAAGGUGUAGAUUGGGAUAAUAUUCGAAGAGCUGUUCCCCCUUACACCCCAGAGGUGGAUAGCCCUGCAGACACCUCUAAUUUUGAUGUGGAUGAUGAGUCCCUGAAAAAUUCGGAAACAUUGCCUCCAAAUAAUCACAAUGGGUUUUCUGCUCAUCUUUUACCCUUCGUGGGCUUUACAUUUACAUCAGAAUGCUCACUGUCUGAUAGAGGGUCACUGAGUUGUGCAGUUAGCAGUGGCAUGGCAACUUCUGAGAAGCCCACCAAGCCAGGACAGGACAAAGAGCAUCUAAAUGUUAAGGAUGGUGAGAUUCUGAGUCUGAAGAAGGAGAUGGAAAUCCUACAAAAGAAAUUAGCUGUGAAUGUCAAGGAGCAAGAAGGUUUAUCAGGUUCUCAGUUCCAGUCUCUUGAAAAAGAGAUCCGAUCCCUUAAACAGGAAAAAGAAUCGUGUAACAAGGAACUUUCUGAUGUUUUGGAACGAUUGAAGUCACAGGGAGUGGAGCUGAAGGCAGCCCUUGAGAAAAAGAGGACCAUGCAAGAAGAACUACGUGGGACAGAAGAAAAGUGUGAGAACUUAAGUAUUCAGGUUGGUCGCAUAACUCGCAGACUUAAGGACAAAGAAGACGAGGUGGAAGCAGCUGCAGAGAAAGUGAGGGUACUGAGGAAGGACCUUCAUAAAGCAGAGGGCAGCAGAAGAGAGACUGAGUCACAGAUAGAAGAUUUGAACUUAGAAUUGGAGAGACAAAAGAAGUUGCGAGAGCGAAGUGAAGCCCUAGCGACUCAAGCUACUGAAGAACUUGAGCGAUUAAAGUCGCAGCAGAGUAUUACUUCACCGGUGGUUAGUGGUUCACUUCAUUAUUCUGAGAUGACCCACCUAAGAACAGAUUUUGAGAGGAGAAGUCAGCAUCUUGAGAUGGAGCUUGCACGUUUAAGGGAGGAGCUUGCAUGUCGAGAGGAAGAACAUGCUACAGAGACGAAAUCGCUACGCCGGGAGCUUGGAGAACGAGAAGCAAAACUAAUAUCCUUGAGGCUUGAAAUGGAGGGAUUGCAGGAAAGCCUGGGAAGGAAAAGCAAUGAUCGUGCUCGGGACCAGGAAGAGGAAAUACAGGAAAUGCAAAAGAUCAAUAAGAGGGAGAGUAAUGCAUUAAAAGAAGAAAAUAAGAAACUAAAGCUGGAAUUUGAGAAGGUGCUUGCAGAGUCUGACAAGGUUUCUGCUUCUCACAAGAGUUUGGAGGAAGAACUUCAGAUAUUGGAUGUGAAAAAGGAAUCAUUAGCCAACUGGGAAACCCAAGUCACAGAUAUCCUACAGUGGGUCGAUGAUGAAAAGCAGUCUAGAGUGUAUCUACAGGCCUUGUCUGUUAGGUUGACAGAAGAGUUAGAUUCUUUAAAGAAUUCAGGAGCUCAGACACCAUCAAGCAAAACUGGGGAGAGUCAAUGGAAAGCACGUAGGCUACAAAAGCUGGAGGCUUCAGCCCGAUUGGAGCUGCAGUCUGCUCUGGAAGCGGAGAUAAAGGCCAAGCAAUUCAUCCAAGAAGAACUGAACAGGUUCAAAUCUGAAAGCCACAAUACGGAGAGAAAGCUGCAAGAGGCAGAGGAAGAAAACCGAAAACUGAGAGUUGAACUGGAAAAGGUCCGCGAGGAAGCUAAACAGAAGGCGAUAACAGAAACAAAACCGCAAAGACCUUUAAUACCCUUUCUGUCUUUUCGUACCGAGAAGGAUCCAGUUAAUGCUGAAGAUCAAACUCAGAAUAAUGUCAUGAUUAGAAGAGAUAGCAGAACAGAGUCUGUUAAAAAUAAAGUCAACCGGAGAUCUGCUGGCUUUGACACUAUAGAAGAGGCAUCUACUAAGAUGACAUCCCACACAUUUAAAGUGAAAACCUUUACAUCUCCAACAAAAUGUCUGCGUUGUACAUCUGUUAUGAUUGGAUUGUCUCGCCAAGGAUUCUGCUGUGAAGUUUGUGGGUAUGUGUGCCAUGUAUCCUGUUCAGAGAAGGCCCCGAUUUGCCCAUCUCCUCCUAGUCAGAUCAAGAAGAUCCUUGGAGUGGAUCCAGUAACUGGCAGUGGCUCUGCACUGGAAGGAUCUCUUUCGGUUCCCAAGCCUGCUGGAGUUAGGAAAGGGUGGCAAAAGGCAUUUGUGAUUUUAAGUGAAUUUAAGGUCCUUGUAUAUGAUGCCAGCCCUCCGUGUAACACAACUAUUAUACAGGCUAUUGAUAUGAGGGAUGAACAUUUCUCUGUUAGUUCUGUAUUGGAAUCGGAUGUCAUUCACGCCAACCCUAAAGAUAUUCCAUGUAUUUUCCGAAUCACGUUCUCUCAGCUCUCCUCUCCACCCACCACAUCCUCCCAGUUACUGCUGGCAGAGACUGGGGAAGAGAUGCACAAGUGGGUGCAAGUGCUGAAGGAGCUUCAUGCACUCCUGAAGGAACAGAGACACCAUGAUCAGUCUGUCCGUGUACUGAAAGAGGCAUAUGACAGUGCCCUGCCUCUUAUACGCACUGCUCUAUGUGCAGCCAUCAUCGAUCAAGAACGACUCACUCUGGGAACUGAGGAUGGACUUUUCCUUUUGCAUGUGAAUAAAAAUGAGAUCACACAAUUGGGGGAUUGCAAGCGAGUCCUGGCUCUGCGCUCUGUUCCUGAGGCUCAGCAGCUGGCUGUGCUCUGCGGAAAAAGUCACAGUGUUCGCCUAUUCUCUUGGGAUCUCCUCCUUCUCCCAGACUCUACUGGCACGAAAAUUCCUGAGGCAAAAGGCUGCCAUGCUAUCACAUCUGGGCUUGUUUGCCAGGGAUCCUCUCCUGUGCUCUGUGUUGCCUCCAAGCGCCAGGUCUAUUGCUUCCAGCUAACCAGCAACAAGGGCUCACCACGGAGAAUCAAAGAAUUUCAAGCUGCAGGGGUGGUGCAAUGCAUGGACAUUUUGGGUGAACGUCUUUGUGUAGGCUAUUCAUCUGGUUUCUCCCUUCACCCCAUUCUUAAUGAGGCUGCUCCUAUUCAACUACCACACCCAAAUGAGCCUAAAUUUACAUUUCUAUUGCAGUCGGCACCAGAUGCACUGUGCGCAGCUAGGGUGACACUUAGUGAAUUUUUGCUCUGUUUUUCAACCUUUGCUGUCUAUGUGGAUUCGCAAGGAAGGAAGUCACGGACACAUGAAAUCAUGUGGCCUGCUCCACCGUUAGCCUGUGUAUACACCGCUCCCCACCUCACAGUCUUCAGUGAGAAUGCCUUAGAUAUUUUUGAUGUCAGGAAAAGUGAAUGGAUUCAAACAAUUCCCCUCAAAAAGGUUCGAUCUCUAAAUGCGGAGGGUACCCUUUGUGUAUUUGGAAGUGAAAAGGUCCGUUUGGUUUAUCUAAGGAACAAGCUUGCUGAUCAAGAUGAUUUCAAUGUGCCAGAGACCUCAGAUAAUAGCCGGAGACAAAUGGUUAGGACCAAAAGCAAGAGGCAUUUCUCCUUCAGAAUCUCGGAUGAAGAACGGCAACAACAAAGAAGAGUGCUGAUGAAAAACCCUGAGUUGAGGUCAAAGUUGAUCUCCAACCCCAAGAACUUUAACCAUUUAGUUCAUGUUGGGCCUGGUGAUGGAAAACAUCAGUUAAAAGACCUGGCAGUGGCACAAGAGGAGAAACGGAGGAGCAGUGGGCAAGAUGUGUCUGCUUCAGCAUCAUCUCUUUCUUCCAGUAUUGACAAUGUAAAGCGGAAUUCCAGCAGCUCCCUAUCAGAGGACUCGCUCUCCUCUCCUCAAGGGCUAAUGCUGUCAUCAGAUAUUCUGAGUGAGAUUGCUGACCACACAGGCCUAAACCUCUCCAGCACCUCAUAUUAACAAGUGGAGGAGUCCUGGGCCUAAGGCUAGAACCCACAGUCUGUAUAGUGAUGAAGAGGGUGCCUUAAUGCCGCUUUCACAAGCAGUGACACCAGGACUCUCUGAGGAAUUAAAAGUUCAGGUUAAAUGAAAGUUUAUAGUUUAACAUUUACAGAUUUGUUUAGGUUCAGCUCCCUGGGAAUAAAGUGCCUUGUACUCCCAACCCCUGUUGUACCUUAAAGAAGGAUGCAAAGGAAAACUGUCCCAUGGGCUGCUGAAGAAAAUGAAAGAAAUUAGCAAUAAACAAAGCUCCAGCUAUAUACUGUAAAUCCCAACAGCUCAGCAGGUUCUGGGGGUUGAUAGUAUUUAUGGCUAUCAUGGCGCAAAAGUGUUUCCAUAUUUAUCUACCUAGUAUUUCACAUGAAUGCAGUGUUUAGAAGGUACUAUUAAGUUUUGCUGCUACAUAACAGGACACUGGGUCUAGGAAGACUGACCUUGGGAGGGAAAGUAAAAACUGGCAUCAAUGCAAUAAAAUGUGAUCAAUAGAAAUGAACGGUUUUUACUUCAGCUAAAUUGCAUAUUCACCUAAUGUACUGCAGUGCCUUCACCUCAUCCAGGUCAGGGUUCACUAACAAGCUUAUAUGCACCUGACUUUACAUGUCUGUGUUCCCAAAAUGAAACUACAAUGGGGAAAUGCUGCCUGUAGCUCAAGUGCACCUUUUGUGACUAAAACAGCAAUGUUUUUUUU